CCCCGUUUCUCUCUCUGCACCUUCCGGAGCUGCUCCCGGGCCUGGCCCAGCUUGUCCCGGAGCUCCUGCGACUGCACCCACAGGAUGAGGCCAGAGCUCGGGAGCGAGCGCUGUUGGAAACCUGGAAAACGCAGAGGUUUGCGGGGGGCCUGGAAUUCCCAAAAGCUUACGGGGAGGGGAGAAAAAAAAUUGGGAUAAUCCGGAGCCAGUUCCUCCCUGAUGUCCCCAAACCCCUCCUCACAGUCCCCAAACCCCGUUCCUGAUGUCCCCAACCCCGGGUGUCCCCCCGGGAGCCCCCUGUGCCCCCCCAAACGCUCGCCCUGGGACCUGUGGGUGCAGUCGCGGCACCUCCGGGACAAGCUGGGCCAGGCCCGGGAGCGGCUCCGGAAGGUGCAAACAGAGAAACGGGGCCUGGAGUGUGAGAACUGGGAGCUCAAGGAGUGCUGGGAGCAGCUCCAGAGGGAGCUCAAGGAGUGCUGGGAGCAGCUCCAGAGGGAGCUCAAGGAGUGUCAGGAGCAGCUCCAGAGGGAGCUCAAGGAGUCCCCGGAGCAGCUCCAGAGGGAGCUCAAGGAGUCCCGGGAGCAGCUCCAGAGGGAGCUCAAGGAGUCCCGAGAGCAGCUCAAGGAGUCCUGUGAAAACCUCCAGAGGCAGCUGAGGGAGCGAGAACAAUGGGAGAGCAACCUGAGCUCCAGAGUACGGUGAGCAAAGCACCGAAACAUCCCCCGAAACUGCCCCAAAUCCAGCAAAAUCCGCCCAAAUCCCGUAAAAAACGCCAUCAAAAUCCAUCCAAAUCCUUCCAAAUCCCCCUGAAAUCCACUCAAAAUCCCAGGAAAUCCUUCAGAACUGAGCUGAAAUCCAUUGAAAUGGAGCAAAAAUCCUUCCAAACCCACUCCAAAUCUGGCAAAGAUCCACUGAAAAUCCCUCUCCAGCCGGAGCUGGGGGGGGGCUUUGGGAAGAGGUUUGAUGGGAAUUUGGGGGGGAUUCAGGGAGAAAUUCUGGGACUUUCCCGCAGCUCCCUGGAGUCGGAGCUGGAGCAGCGUCUGCGGGAGGAG